AAACGCACAUGAAUGCGUACAACCAGAACGAAUAAUGAAGUUUUCAAUUGCAAUUUUAAUGAACUUGAGCUUUUGUUUUGCUGCUACAUCAAUAAGUAAUGUGCAAAUCCAUUCAAGUGACAUCAAAAAUGAUUGUACAAAGCCUGCUCUAAAUUGCCUAAGCUUAUCAGAUUUAGCUGAGACAGCGCAAAAAAGUCGAAAAUGUUUUCGAAAUGCUGGUGACGUGUUCGGCCGCCGUUUUGGCGCGAAAACCAUUUUGAUCGAAGGCCCAUUUUCAAAUGAAGCCGAAAAAUCGAUACGUGAAUUCGAUGAUGAUAUUAAAAUUCGUAGUUUUGCAACGAUGUCAAAAGUGUUAAAGUCAUUUUGCCACAAAAUCCAAACUUUGCGAAUCGAUUACAAGCAAAUCGGUCCGGAUCAACGGUACAGUGUUGGUAUGGAAGUGAACGAGUUGUGUUCAAAGUAUUUAAUCGAAUUUGCCAUGAUUAAUGUCGAAGCGAAUGAAUUGAGUGCCAUGCAAAAGCCAUUUCAACGGAUUGAAAAAGUGUCUCUGAUUGGAUGGUUUGAAAAAUUGGAAAAUGAACAUUUAACAUUGGAUGAACUAUUUCCCAGUCUACGUGUUUUAGAACUAAGUAUAGAUGGUGUAUAUGAUGCGAACAGUAUAAAUCGUACGAUGCCAUACUUGGAACAUGUUGAAAUCUCAAAACAUCCAUCACAUUCCAUAGAUUUUAUUACUUUAUUCAAUCUAAGUAAUUUCUUGAAAAUGAAUUCACAAAUUCGAGUAUUAAUGCUACAGCAUCCAAUAGUGCCGAUGUUAAAUGUGGUCAGAGAUUAUUUACCAAAUGUGAAAAAACUCAAACUGGAAUUGUCCUACGGCGAAAAUUAUUCCGCGUGGGAAGAAAAUGAACAAAUCCAAUUGAAAAAUGUGGAAAUUCUAAAUGUGAUUGCCAUAUCGAAUCAAGCAUUGAAUUUUAUGUCAUUCAAUCAGCUCAAGGAAUUUGAAUUGCAUUCCUUUUCCGAUAUGUCCGAAUGGGUCAACUAUAUUACGGUAAAUUUGCGAAAAUUGCAAAAAUUGUAUUUAUCAAGGGGCACAUUGAAUGCACAUCAUAUGGAAAGCCUCAUUGGACAACUACCACAUUUGAGGGAAUUGAAUGCAACUUUCGAUUUGGAUGUCGAGACUGAAACUAUAUUUAAAUUGGUGAACGGUAGUAAACAAUUGAAAAGCAUACAUUUGCAAAUUUCAAAUGAAAUAUACGAUGAACUGCAGCAACGACUUGAAAAUAAUGACUGGACAGAAAGCAAUAAAAUCGAUGAAACGGACACACUUCUAAGCUCAUGGUUAUCGUAUGAGAGGUGAAGCUAGUGCAAGAUGAGGAACUAGAUGAGGACGAGAAAGAGGAAGAUGAAGGGCAGACAAGCAACUUUUUCAACAGCAUAUUUCAAUUCAUCAACAAUAAUAAAUUGAUGGUAGCUUACAUAUGCGCAAUAUCAAUUGCACUAUGCGUUGUACUAAGUCUGCGGUUAUUCAACUGUAAACGGAAUCCCAGUAUGAAAAAUGCUCUCCAAGACAAAUAACGUAGAUAAUUGUGUGUUAAUUCUACUUCUGAUGUCACCAUUUGCGGUGCUUGAGGCAAGCUCACAUGGGCUUGUCAUCAUCUAUUGCAGUGUUUGGAAAUAAUUGAAUCAAAUAAUAAAAGAAAACACGAAAAAGAAGGAAAGACGAACAACAACAAGAAGUAGACGUUUCAAAGAAGCAAAGCUUAUUUAUCAUGUCACAAUUCUGAACCUGGUACCAUAAAAGAAAAGACAAACAAUUAUGAGUCUGAAACAAUAAUAAUGGAAGGAGUCUGUGUAAUUCGUGGUGUUUCAAACAUUCACGAAGAAAAUAAAAAUAAAAAUCCAACGUUGU